AUGAUCGGGAGCCCUCUUAUCACGACGGCCACGCUGUUGGUGGUGGCGUACGGCGCAGGCUACACGUACGCCCAAUUUACCGGAUGUGACCGGACGAAAAGCUUCACCACCGGCGAGGUGUACUACGUUGAGUCACCCAACUAUUCCAACUACUUCGCCAAGGGCACCAACUGCCGCUGGCUGCUGACGGCCCCGGCCGGCAACACGCUUUACAUCAACUGCUACGAUAUGGUGCUCGCCUCGACAACGCAAUGUUCCGGUGAUCGGCUGGAGAUCUCGCUUAAGAAUGACCCGACGCUGGCGUCCGCCAGCCGAUACUGUGGACAGCAAACGUUCAGCACGCAAUCGACCGGCAAUCAGGUGACGAUGGCCCUACGGGCGACCGCCACAUCCACCGGGGGUCGCUUCCGGUGUCAGGUUGUGGCACAAGCGCCCGCUCCCAAGUGUUCCUGUGGGUUCCGCCGGACGUCCAAGAUCGUCGGUGGUGUACAGACGCUGGUCAACGAGUUUCCCUCGAUGGCCGGGUUGGUCGACUCGUCGUCACGGAAUGUUAUCUGCGGGGCCACGAUAAUUUCCAACUACCACGCCCUGUCCGCAGUCCACUGCAUGGCCGGGCGGAGCAUCUCCGCUACGGGCCUCCUUGUGGGGGAUCAUAACCUUUCGACCGGCACCGACACCAGCUACUCGACGCUGUUGCGCGUCGCGUCCGUCACCAACCAUCCCAGCUAUCAGGCGAACCCCUCGAGCAACGACAUCUCGAUCGUGCGCACCGCGGACCAGAUCGUGUUCAACGCCGGCGUAGGGCCCGUCUGUCUGCCGUUCGCGCAAUCCACGGCCACGUUUGCCGGCUCCGUCGUCGUGGCCACCGGCUGGGGUACGCUCGAUUUUGGGUCACCGGCCUCCAAGGUGCUGCAGAAGGUGUCGCUCAACGUUAUCACGCAGCAAUCGUGUCAAUCGCAGAUGCCAAACAUCCUCGCGUCGCACAUCUGCACGUACACGCCCGGCCGGGACACCUGCCAGUACGAUUCGGGCGGUCCGCUCUAUCUGACAUCCGGCGGCUACCUCUAUCUGGUCGGUGUCGUCAACUACGGGGUCGGUUGUGCGACCAGCAAACCAUCCGUCAGCGCUCGCGUCACUUCGUACCUUUCGUGGAUCCAGAGCAAUACGCCGGGCGUUUCCUACUGUACUCCGUAG